AUGACACCACGCUCUCUAGGGGGUGCCCAAGCCGAUUUUGCGCGACAGCUCGCCGAGCGAAACCAGGCGACGCGACCUCAGAAGAAAUUCAAGUCUUAUGAUCCCAAGGGCGUCAAACUCGCCUCUGGAUACGUCGAUCGAUCGAAAGAACGCGAAGAAGACGCAGAAGAUGAUCGCGCCGAGAAACUUAAGGAGCUUGAACAACAGCUCAAAGAUGAGGAGAUUGACCAAGAAACCUUUGAAAAGCGACGAUUCGAGAUUGCGGGCGGAGAUCUAGGGAGCACCCAUCUGGUAAAGGGCCUCGACUUUAAACUACUAGAGAAGAUUCGGCGCGGAGACGAUAUUUAUGGGGAGAAUAAGGAAGAACCGGACCAAGAAGCUGAGCCCGAGCUGGACGUCGACGAUGAAUUCGAUCAACUUGAAGGGCAGGAAGUUCAAGCUGUCGCCAAGGAGAAGACCGAAAAGAAGAAGGGUCAAUUAUCGACAGUAUCCCUUGCGCCUGGGAAGAAGCGAACCCGAGAUCAAAUUCUGGCCGAGCUGAAGGCAUCAAGAGAGGCAGCCAAGGCGCAGCAGGAAAAUGCUCUGGGAGACAGGUUCAAAAAGAUUGGAGCAAAGCAGAAGGCCGGAUCACGAAUAGAGCGUGACAGCAAAGGGAGAGAGGUGUUGAUCAUUGUGGACGAGGACGGGCACGAGAAGCGCAAGGUCCGCAAGAUUCAACCCGGGGAUGAGAAGGAAGCCGAGGCUAGUAGGGCUGGUCUCUUAAUGCCGGACAAGGAUGCAAAGCCGCUUGGAAUGGAAGUUCCGGAGGAAUACCGCAAAAAGGAAGAACCAGAAGAGGAGGAAGACGUUGACAUCUUUGAGGGAGUAGGUGACGACUACGAUCCGCUGGCAGGCAUGGAUGGAUCAGAUUCAGACGAUGAGAAGUCGAAGAAAAAGAAGGGAGACGAAGAUGAAGAAGAAGGCGAAGUUGCCGACAAUUCUAUGCCUCCACCACCGAAGCCUCAAGCACCAGCUGCACCACGGAACUACUUCCAGGGCGCCAGGACUGGCCUUGUAUCUGAAGAACAGAGCAAAGCGCCGUCAAUGCCGGAUCCAGCCAUCAUGGCAGCCAUCAAGCGAGCAGCUGCUAUCAACCCUAUCAAGAAGGACAAGGGCGAUGCGGAUUCUGAUGAGGAGGACCAGGAUGAAGAUGCGCGAGCCAAGGCGAUGGACGAGCGACGCAAGAAGCUCCUCCAGAUGGCAGAUCGUGACGAUGAAGAUCUCGACAUGGGCUUUGGUACCAGUCGUUUUGCUGAUGAGGAGGACUUUGAGGAUAGCAAGGUCAAGCUCUCGAACUGGGGCGAGGAGGAUGAUGACGGUGAGAGUAAAGCUCGAGGUGGACCAUCAAAGCGAAAACGAGGACCGAAGAAGCGAAAGGGCGACGCCAACAGUGCCGCCGAUGUGUUGCGGGUUAUGGAGCAGCGGAAGAAGUCAUGA